GUUGUCCCAAUCUCCAUAAUUUCAAUGUUUGAAAAUCGUUACUUCGUAUUAUUUGUGAACAAAAGUUUUUAGAGAUAUUUGCGAUACCCAUUUCUAAUAGCAAACUAUUCACUUGUACUCACCUAUUGUUUCCUCGUCUAUUCAGAAAUUCCGAAUCAAGAUAUUGCGAGAAAAAAGAUUUUUGAAAAUUAUCCUCGAUUCUAUAAAUUUGGUCUUCCAGAAUCGUCUUUUUUUGUUAUUAAGGACAAUGAAAGCUCUUGGCAAAAAUUACGACGGAGCGCAGUAAUGAGUUUUAUUUUGUUAGAGAUUAUAACUCUUGGAGUUUGUUAACAGUGAGACUCAACAAAUCUAGGAAGAAAAUUGGGUCUUCAACAUCCAACAAAACACUUCAAAUGCAAAAAAAGUUUAUAAAGGCAUUAAACUUGCAGGUAGCCAAAGUUCACUUUUUUUGACCCCAACUUCCAAAGAUUCCCAGAUUGCUAUCCCGGUUAUUGUCAUUUUCCUUCCACUUAUUAUUGGCAUUACACUUGGAGCAUUGUCUAUUGAAAGCACGCAAGCUGUCAGUAACUUGCUCAAUUUUAGUCUUGCUCUCCAUGGAGUUCUGUCGACGAUCCUCAUGCUUUAUCUACAGAAACCUUAUCGAGAAGCGUUUCUGACACUUUUUUGUGGACUAACACCUGCGAAACCCAAAAUUUUCACUGCUGCUGGAAACGUUAGCAUGACA